UGCCCUGUCAUUUUGACAGCUGUCGACUGUCAAAAGAGUGCCAAGUUCCUGGUUGUCUUGUAUUUUCCUCGCUUUAUUUAAUAAUUUUACUGGCAUAAAAUAACAUAAACCCUUUAUUGGAAUAGUAAAUAAUGUAAUUUAGCUAAAUCGGGUCAGUUUGUGCAAAAUGUCGGAGCAACUGAAAGUCGGUCAGAAAGUCAAAGUGACCGGUAAAGACGUCCAGGGGGUUAUUGCGUUCAUCGGCCCCACGAGCUUUGCGGCCGACACAUGGAUCGGUCUCAAGCUGGACGAGCCCAAGGGUAAGAACAACGGGAGUGUUCAGGGGGUUGAAUACUUCAAGUGCGAGGACAAGCACGGGCUGUUUGUGAAGCCGUCGCAGGUGAUCCCCCUCGACGAGCAUGGCAAGCCGCUCCGGGACGCCGGAGAGGAGACCCCCAAGGCUCGGGCCAGGCCUAGCAGCGUCGGUACAAAACCCAAACCUACAACAGUGCGUCGUAAGUCGUCGCCUCAAAAACGACCGCCUUCUCUAUCUGCCUCAAGUUCUCGCUUGUCACUGGCCAGUAGCCGGCAGUCUUUGGCCGAUAGCCGCCAGUCACUGUCCGGCAGCCGCCAAUCGCUUGCAGGAAGUCGCCAAUCCCUUAUGGGGAGUCGCAGUCACUUGGCCUCACCGAUUGUUGAAAAGUCAGAUGCGGGGGAUCACCCGAGCCAAAUCCCCAAACGGGCCUCGUUUAUUGAGACCGGCUUUGUGGAAACCCUCAAUCCACAAUUCACACCAGGCCAAGUGAUCACGACCACACCGACUCCAAUUACCUCCGUUGACGAGAAGAUUAACGUAAUCCAGCUGCAACAAGAGAUCGAAAAUCGCAACCAACAAAUACGCGAUCUGGGCGAGAAGUUGGAAACUUUGAAAAUUAAGCGCCAGGAGGACAAGGAGAAGUUGAAGGAGUUGGAUAAAUUGAAAAUCCAGUUGGAGCAAUUGGUUGAAUUCAAGACGAAAAUUAUGGAAGUGCAGGCGAGUUUGCAGAGGGAGGUGCAAAGGGCCAAGCAGGAGGCGAAAGAAGCGGUCGAGGCCAAGGAGGCGCACGCUGAGGAAGUGGCCGACUUGGCCGAAGCCGUCGAAAUGGCCACCCUUGACAAGGAAAUGGCGGAGGAAAAGGCAGAAACCUUGCAGCUGGAAUUGGAAGUGUGCAAAGAGAAGUUGGAAGAGGUGACGCUCGACCUGAAAAUUCUCAAAACGGAGAUGCAAGAACGUGCUGGUGGAACUUCAGCAAGUGGGGAAGAAGCCGUUUCCACCUACGAAGUGAAACAACUCCAGCAGCAAAAUGCCCGACUUCGGGAAACUCUAGUCAGGUUGAGGGAUCUCUCAGCUCACGACAAACACGAAUAUCAGAAACUUCUAAAAGACAUCGACCAGAAGAAAUCCGAAAUUGUCGAGUUGGGGAAAACGAAGGAAAAGUUGAGUGCCAGGGUUGAAGAAAUGGAGCAACAAGUUGCCGAUCUUCAAGAACAGGUCGAUGCGGCGAUGGGCGCCGAAGAAAUGGUCGUAAUCCUCGGCGAGCAGAAGCUCACCCUGGAGGAGAAAGUGGCCCAACUCCUCGAAGAAGUCGCCGAACUGGAAGCCCUCCAAGACAUGAACGACCAACUGGUCGAAAGCAACGCCGAGCUGGAAGCCGAACUGCGCGAAGACCUCGACAUGGCCCGAAUGGCCGCCAAACAGGCGAUGCGCGACCGCGACGCCGCCUUGGAAACAAUAGCCGACCGCGAAGCCACUCUCAACAAAUUCCGCGAACUCGUCCAAAAACUCCAAGAGCAGUCGCUGCAGCUGCAAAGUCGGCUCGAAACCGAGUCGAGCAAACCCGUCUCAGCUCUGCCCGAAAUCGUCGACUUCACGAAAAUGUUCAACGAGACGAAGGCCCACACCAAAGCUAUCGACUUGGAGCUGAGACGCGUUGAAAUCCAACAGCUGCAAAGCCACAUCAAGUUCUUGACCUCUUACAUGCCGGAUUCGUUCAUGAACCGCGGCGGGGAUUACGACGCUGUGCUGGUGCUGCUGCUGGUCUUGCGGAUGAUUCAGAAGACGGAGAUUCUGAUCGGGCAGAUCAAGGACAAGUUUCCGGGGGUUGAUAAGAUUGAUAGGGCGGCGAUUUUGAAAGGGCAUGCUGUGGAGCAGUUCUCGUUCAGGUGCAGGGCUUCGUUCUAUAUUUAUGCCCUACAGUCGAUUUUGCACCAGUAUUACUAUGCGUUAAAUACGUGUAAAACAGAGGCACUUCUCAAAGUCGGAGCUACGUAUCCUGAGAUGGCUUCCUACGAGAAAAUCAUUGAUGGGUUCAUUGAAUUGGUGAAACGCGAUCAACUGGACGAGAAUGUACCGACUGAAGCACUCGAAAAAUGUGUUGGAUAUUUCAAUACACUGUUUCCUGUGCUUCUAGGACCGGAAAAUCGCCUCAAUCACACGCAAUUGUUGGUCGACAAUGUUAAAAGUUUAACGUCGGCGUGUGACGGCUUUAAUAACGAUUCUAUCGUCAUCAGAAACUUGAUUGAGACUGCCAAUGUUGGUGACAUCGGAUUGUUAGCCCAACACGUCAUAACAACAUCUGAACAGUUGCAACAACAACUAAAACUGAUAAAACGCCGCCUUCCGCCCGACUCGAACGUUGCCAACAUCGGUUUGAACAAGGAAGUUUUUGAGAACUUGUACCAGUGUUACCAACAUUGCGGUCGCAUCAUAAAAACAUUGCAAGACAUCGUCAAGAACUCAGUCCAGUUGAUGACAUCGAGCGGAGAACUGGAAAAAGGACUCCCACAGGACAAAAUCAAAGAAAUCGCCUUGAAUGCCAGCGAUAAGAUCUACGAACAGGACGACUUAGGUCCAGUGCAAAGUAUUAAAAAUUCGCUGAGCUUCAUAGUCACUCAGACGACGCAAAUUGCGCAGUUUUUGCAAGAUAACGAGUACGAAAUUGCGACGGCUAAUAAAAACGAGGAGAAGCCCAUACCUCCGAUCCAAAUUCGGGCCGAUGCUGUGAAAAAAGAGCUCGAACAAACGAAAACUUUGACGAGCAAAUUGGAGAACAAAGAGUCCGAUAUUAAAGAGUUGCGUAAAGCACUCAAAGAGAAACAAGAGCAAUUAUCCGAAAUGACCAUACGGAAGGAAUUAGCUGAGAAAAAGUUGGGUAACGUCAAUAAAGAUUACGAGUUGACGAUUGAAAAGCUGCAAAGGAAGCUGGAAGAGGCGCACAAUAACUACAAAAAGAAGGAGAAGGAGUUCGAGGAGACUUUAGACCAUCUCCAGACCGAUAUCGAUUCGCUCGAGAAUGAAAAAGGCGAAAUGAAGGAGAAGUUAAAACUGCUCUCGAAGAAAACACAAAUGGAGUUGUCAACUUCAAGAAGCGCGUCCGGUUCCCAAUUAUCCGCCCAACAAUCUCUAGGUCCAAGUCUCCCAGCUGUGGUCAAAGACUCGCCCUUGCUCCUGCAAGAAAUUGAGAGUCUCCGGAAGCUGUUUCACCAAGAACGCAACGAGAGAAUCAAACUCGAAAAUGAGAAAAUCAAAAAGGAGUUGGACAGUUUGGCUCCCUUGCCCUCGUUCAAGACCACACCGGACGAAGUUUUGGAUAAAUUAUUCAAAGAGGGGGCGUUACUUAAACAGGAAAUUUUGAUGAGUUUGGCUAAACCGAAGUUCCCGCAAAUUUACAAAGUCAAGCCGGGGAAUGGGCCAGCUGCUUGGAAGAAACAUUUCGCUGAGGAAAACGACAAGUUGAUGGAUCUCAACAGGCGAGCGCGCGAGUUCCAGACGAAGGUAGCCAAUGAGAUUAUCAAGCGGAAGAUGGGGGGGAGGGUAGAAGCGGAUUUCGCAGUUUUUCCCACGAUUGAGAUGGUUAAGGCAUUGAGUGAGAGUAAGCCGGUGAAUAUCGGCUACGUGAAAAUCCCGAAGAGCUACUUGCCGAAGGGGGAGAAGCCUCGGAUCGUUGACUUGGAGUUGGACUUUAUCAACUUGCAGAAGAUCCUGCAGUCGCUAUCGUGUUAACUUAUUUUCUAUAACUGUAAUAAAUUGAAUUAAUUGGU